AUGGGCAGCAUCGGCCUAACCACGACCACGACCACGACCACGACCAUGCCAACCACAACAAUCACACCCACAAUGCCCGAAUCCCAAUCCUCAUCCCUCCCAACCUACAAAACCCCCUGGAUCCGCACGCCCCUAAUCGAAUCAAGCACGCUCUCAACCCUCGCCGGAUGCCGCAUCCUUCUCAAACUCGAAAACACCCAGCCAAGCGGCUCCUUCAAGUCCCGCGCAAUGGGCGCCCAGAUCCUCUCACACCUGCACAACCCAGCCAACUACGGCAAAAGCAUCCACUUCUUUGCGUCGUCUGGCGGGAACGCAGGGCUCGCUGCCGUCUGCGCUGCACGCACCCUGGGGUUUCCCUGUACGGUUGUGGUCCCGCUGGGAACGAAGGCGCUUAUGGUUGAGAAGCUGCGGAAGGCGGGUGCCAGGGAUGUCAUUAGGCAUGGCGAGACGUUUGCCGAGGCGGGGGAGUACAUGAGGGAUGUUGUUAUGAAGGAUGAUAGCGCGGAAGAGAGGCUGGAGGGGGAGGAGGUGGUCAAGAUUGCACUCCAUCCGUUUGACAAUGAGGCUAUCUGGGAAGGGAACAGUACGCUGGUUGACGAGCUUGUUGAGCAGGUUCCUGUCGUUGCGGGGGAAGACGUUGAGGGAGAUGGUUAUGGGGAUAUGGUGUUGCCUGUUGAUGCGAUUGUUUGUAGUGUCGGUGGUGGCGGGUUACUCAACGGUCUUGUUAUGGGGCUUGAGAGGCGACGACGACAGCUGAAGAAGACGUCUAAGCAGGCGAAGCCCACACACCUUAUCGCCGUCGAGACCCGCGGGACAGACUCCCUCGCUGCGGCUAUCGCGAAGGGGUCUCUUGUCAGCUUGCCCAAAAUUACGUCGCAGGCAACGUCGCUAGGCGCAAUUCGGGUGUCGGAGAGGACAUUCCAGUAUGCGAUGCACCCACCGGAGGGGGUGAAAGUACACAGCACAGUACUCUCAGAUGCGGAUGCGGCGCGCGGCGUGCUGCGUCUUGUCGAUGAUGAGCGGAUGCUGGUGGAGUUGGCAUGUGGAGUGUGUGUCGAAGCGGUGGUUGGUGAUGCCUGUCGGGCUGAAAAGAGCAAGAAGAGGAAGAGGGGGCUGGAUGAAGGGUACGGGGAUGAUAGGGCUUCUGCUGGGGAGAGCGAGGGAGAUCUGUCCGAUGGAGUGGUGUCUGAGAACCCGCUGCGGUCGAGGCUGAAGGAGCUGGUCCCGGAUUUGGGACCGCAAAGUCGGGUGGUCAUUGUAGUCUGCGGUGGGAGCAAUGUCACUGUUGACGCGGCCGUGGAAUGGAGGAGCAUGCUGAAGGAAGGAUGGGAGUGA